UAAAGCUGGAAAAUGUUGGAGCCAGAAUUCAAACUCAGGCAGAUAUAUCUGAGCUUGCUCACUUGUCAGUGGGCUACAAAUAGAGAGAGAGAGACAGGGAGAGAGAGAGAAUGAGAGAGAGAGAGAAAUGUACAGAAUGUUGGGUGGAGUGCUUAGAAAUAAUAAGCACAACAUGGGGAAGUUAUUUUAACUUUUCCUUGCUUGAAUUUGAGAAACUGACAAGUGCAAAAAUGAUAUUACAGAAGCAGGAGAAAAGAUGUUUUCUUUGCUGCAUUUGUGUUUUCAAUUUUUCCACAAAAAUUCGUAUGGUUGCAAUCAGAAAAAAAAAAAAAACAUUGCAAAAAAAUCAAUCAUAAUUCCACGAGGAAGAGGUCGGAUGAAGAAAAUCAGGUUUUGAGAUCUCUCCUGCAACUCUGGUUCCCUACUGGCGGAAAAGUACGGAAUACCUGAAACCAGGCCCCACACCCCCCAGAUGACAAGCCCCCAGGGACUGACAUCAAGCCCGGAUCCAGUGGGGGUCGUGCAGAUGCUUAAGGUGGGAGUCAGCGGGAGGGCCAGAUGGACCCCGGGCACGUCCUAGGUCCCUUCCCGCCAGACUGAGGCCAGUCCGGGAAUCAGUACACAGCCUGGCCCGCCGACCUAUUCGAGGACCGGGGGCUUAGCUGGGUCUCCGGGGUCUCGUCAGGUGCUGAGGGUGGGCCGCGCGCUCGGCCCCGGGACGAGGACCGCCGGGCCGGGCAUUGUGGGGUCAGCGUUCGGGUUCCCCUGGCAACCGGAGCCCGAGGGCAGGCCGCGGCGACGCCAGGGAGGCGGCGGAAAGGACCCAUUCGCCGAGAGGGGCCCGUGGGAGCGCGGAGGCCGGGCGGCAUGGAGGACGCGCGGCCCGGGUGGCCCCGGCGCGGUGGCGGGGGCGCGCAGCACGGGCCGGCGGAGGGGUCGGCGCGCCUGAAGCGCGGGGACGCGGACGACGGCGGCGCGGGCUGCUGGUGCUGGCGGCGGCUGUUCCGGCGGGGCGCGGCCCGCGGCUGGCGCAGGAAGGCCAAGCGCGCGCGCGGCCGGGCGGUCUCGGAGCGCGGCCUGUGGGCCCAUCCGCGCGUGCAGAGGCUGCUGCAGCGGCUGGCGGCCUGGAGGCGGCGCUACCUGCGGUGCGGGGAGCGGCCCGAGCGGCUGGAGGAGAUCCCGCUGCUGGCGCUGGAGCGCGCGACCGGCCGAGACUAGGCCGCGGGCGGCCGCCAGGAUACCCACCCCCACCCCGGGCCGCCCCGUGCGCCCACAGCUUUGGUUCGGUUGUGAUGGACAAAAGGCGAGGAAUGACAAUAAACCCGACGCCACGGGAAUGAGA